UUCACACAUAUUGCCCCACCACCUACCACCACCUACCACCACAUUCCUAUAUCUCUCCGAAGCACCUCUCAGAUUUUCUUCUCAGUCUCAUUUGUUACAAAGUGAAGUAUCAUGGGAGAGGUUGAUGAAUCAUUUUUCCAAGAAACUGAACAUAGGCCAAAACUGAGUACAAUUGAAGCAGAAAACAUACCCUUAAUUGAUCUCUCUCCAGUUCUAACCUCUGACACCUCCAACACUUCUUUAGCAAUUACAAAUCUUGUAGCAGAGAUUGGUGAUGCGUGCAGGAACUGGGGUUUUUUCCAAGUGAUAAACCAUGGAGUUCCAGCAACAUGCCGUGAAAAUAUUGAGAAAGCAUCAAGGGAAUUUUUCUUGCAGCCCACUGAGGAGAAGAGGAAAGUGAGCAGAGAUGAAGAUAGCCCUAUGGGUUUUUAUGAUACAGAGCAUACUAAAAAUGUUAGGGAUUGGAAAGAAGUGUUUGAUUUUGUUGUGGAGAAUCCAACUAUGUUGCCAGCUUCUCAUGAACCUGGUGAUAUGGAACUCAAGGAGCUGGUCAAUAAAUGGCCUCAAUUUCCUACUGGUUUCAGGGAGGCAUGUGAAGAAUACGCUCGAGGUAUUGAGAAACUCUCCUACAAGUUGCUAGAACUUAUUGCCUUAAGCUUAGGCCUAUCAUCUAAAAGGCUCAACAGCUGCUUUAAAGACCAAACAAGUUCUAUGCGAUUAAAUUAUUAUCCUGUGUGCCCGAUUCAUCAUCUGGCUUUGGGGGUUGGCCGACACAAGGAUUCAGGCGCCCUGACUGUCCUUGCUCAAGAUGAUGUUGGUGGCCUCGAGGUGAAACGCAAGACAGAUGGAGAAUGGAUACAAGUUAAACCAACUCCAGAUGCUUAUCUUAUCAAUGUUGGUGACAUAGUUCAGGUUUGGAGCAAUGACAGAUAUGAAAGUGUGGAACAUAGGGCGGUGGCAAGCUCCAAGAAAGAAAGAUUUUCUAUUCCUUUUUUCUUCAACCCAUCUCACUAUGUGAUGGUUGAGCCUCUAGAAGAACUUACAAGUGAAGAAAGCCCUGUAAAAUACAAGGCUUACAACUGGGGCAAGUUUAACACUACAAGAAACCUUAGUAAUUUCAAGAAACUUAAUGUUGAGAACAUUCAAAUAUAUCAUUUUAGAAUUCAUGACCUGUAAUGACAAAUAUAGUCUAUGAGACGUUUUGUACUAUAUUAAGCUGUCGUUUUCAGCUGGAAAGAAAUAAAGUGGUACAUCUUUCUCUUGUAAA